UUCAAGUAAAAUAGAUAACAGAAGAUUCGAGGAGGCACCACACAAGAGGCCGGCCACAAGUCUCUCGUGGUUGUUCCAUGGCGGCCGCAGCUCGGGCUUUCACUCUCUCUCGCCUCACCGACCUGUCACUCAAGCCCCGCCACCCACAACCGCCUCCGCCUCCCGUUUCCCGCCACCACCUCCUCGCCCGCCCAUUACUCCCCUCCUUCCGCGCCCAACGGCGUCGUUUGGCCUGCUCGGCUUCCACCAUCCGAUGCCUCAUCUCCGGCGUCGACGGCGGCGGCGUGUCCGACGAGUUCGUCUCGACGCGGAAGUCCGGCUUCGACCGCGGAUUCUCCGUUAUCGCCAAUAUGCUGAAGCGGAUUGAGCCGCUUGACAGCUCCGUUAUCUCCAAAGGCGUUUCCGAUUCCGCUAAGGACUCGAUGAAGCAGACCAUCUCUACUAUGCUGGGAUUGCUGCCGUCCGAUCAGUUCUCCGUCACGGUUAGGGUUUGCAGAGCUCCCCUUGAUCGCCUCCUCGCCUCUUCCAUAAUCACCGGGUACACACUGUGGAACGCGGAGUAUCGGAUAUCGUUGAUGAGGAAUUUUGACAUUUCUACGGAGAAUUCUGUGGCUUUGGAUGGGUCGAAGAUGGAUGGGAGUUCGGAGACGGUGGAUGGUGAGGAAAGGGGUAGCGAGAAUGGAUUUGGGGCGAGUAAUCAAUACCUGGGCUCAACAACUCCUCAAGUUUUCGGGGAUUUGUCUCCGGAGGCUUUGAAUUACAUCCAGAGGUUGCAAUCAGAGUUAACUAAUGUUAAGGAGGAACUGAAAGCUCAAAAGCAGGAAAAUAUGCAAUUAGAGUAUGACACAGGACACAGAAAUGAUUUGUUGGAUUAUCUCCGGUCCUUGGAUUCUAGUAUGGUGACUGAGCUAUCUCGGCCCUCAUCAUUAGAGGUGGAGGAGAUUAUACACCAACUUGUUCAAAAUAUAUUGCAGAGAUUCUUCAAAGAUGGAGAAUCCUCAGAAUUCGAGGAAGAUUUAGUUAAAGCGAAUAUAGAGAAUGUUCUAGAUUCUGAUGGCGAACUUUGUGAUACUGUAGGGACUUCACGAGAUUACCUAGCGAAGCUUCUUUUCUGGUGUAUGUUAUUAGGUCAUCAUUUGAGAGGCUUGGAGAACCGAUUACAUUUGAGUUGUGUUGUUGGAUUGUUGUAAAGAGAGGAAAGAUAGAACGGGUGUAUAUUCUUCAUGUUCAUCUAUAAGAACCUUUUUGGUUUUCAUGCUCA